GGAAAGUAUAACUUUUAUUGCAGUAACACUACUUAACUUUUUAAAAAUGACCUCAACCGACUUCUCACUUCUGCUCAAUCUCCACCUAGUCUAUUAUUUUCUCCUCACUGGUUCCCAUGCCUGGAGGUCAUAUAGGCUACAGGAAAACGAUAACUAGAAAGCAGUUCCCAUCUCAGAGGUGUGACAGGACUGGCUCCCCCAGCCGAGGGUAAAGAGACGAGUACUGACUCCGAGACACUCCGCGGGCUCCUCCUCCAGUUCCAGAGGCGACCUCCCCAAGAUGGCGGACGGCAAGGAGUAGCUUCCGUUUCCGGUGUGAGCGGCGGGGCCGGGGGGGCAAGAUGGCGGCGGCAAUAGGGGUCCGCGGCCGGUUCGAGCUGCUAUCUUGCUCCGGCCCAGGUUGGCUUAUCAGCCUUUCCGCUUUGCUGAGCGUGGUGGCUCGAGGGGCCUUGGCCACUACGCACUGGGUCGUCACGGAGGACGGGAAGAUCCAACAGCAGGUGGACUCACCAAUGAACUUGAAGCAUCCCCAUGACUUAGUCAUCUUAAUGAGACAAGAAACAACCGUUAACUACCUCAAAGAACUAGAGAAACAAUUAGUUGCUCAAAAAAUUCACAUAGAGGAGAAUGAGGACAGAGACACAGGACUGGAACAGAGGCACAAUAAAGAAGACCCCGACUGCAUCAAGGCCAAAGUGCCUUUGGGAGACCUGGACCUUUAUGACGGCACAUAUAUAACUCUAGAGAGCAAGGAUGUCAGGCCUGAGGAUUUCAUAGACACAGAAUCUCCUGUCCCUCCAGACCCAGAGCAACCUGAUUGUACUAAAAUCCUAGAGCUUCCAUAUAGUAUACAUGCUUUUCAGCAUUUACGGGGUGUACAAGAGAGAGUUAAUCUCUCUGCCCCUCUCUUACCUAAAGAAGAUCCAAUCUUCACAUAUUUGUCGAAACGCUUAGGAAGGAGUAUCGACGACAUAGGUCACCUCAUUCACGAAGGCCUACAGAAGAACUCUUCCUCCUGGGUACUGUAUAACCUAGCUUCAUUUUACUGGAGAAUAAAGAAUGAGCCAUAUCAGGUAGUGGAGUGCACCAUGCGAGCUCUUCACUUCUCUUCCAGGCACAAUAAAGACAUUGCCCUGGUCAAUUUGGCCAAUGUUCUACACAGAGCGCAUUUCUCCGCGGAUGCUGCUGUCGUGGUCCAUGCAGCUCUGGAUGACAGUGCCUUCUUCACCAGCUAUUACACACUGGGGAAUAUAUAUGCAAUGCUCGGGGAGUAUAACCAUUCGGUGCUCUGUUACGACCAUGCUUUGCAAGCCAAACCUGGGUUUGAGCAAGCUAUAAAGAGGAAGCAUGCUGUCCUGUGUCAACAAAAACUGGAGCAGAAGCUAGAGGCUCAGCAUAGGUCCCUUCAGAGAACACUGAAUGAGUUGAAGGAGUACCAGAAGCAGCAUGACCACUACCUGCGGCAGCAGGAGAUCCUAGAGAAGCACAAACUGAUUCAGGAGGAGCAGAUCUUGCGCAACAUCAUCCACGAGACACAGAUGGCCAAAGAGGCACAACUGGGAAAUCAUCAGAUAUGCAGGCUGGUCAACCAGCAGCAUAGUUUGCACUGCCAGUGGGACCAACCUGUACGCUACCAUCGAGGAGACAUCUUUGAAAAUGUGGACUAUGUUCAGUUUGGUGAUGAUUCAUCGACCUCCAGUAUGAUGUCCGUGAACUUCGAUGUCCCUACAAAUCAGAGUGACGUCAGCGAAUCUGUCAGGUCUUCUCCUGUAGCGCAUUCUGUUCUCUGGGUCUGGGGCCGUGACUCUGAUGCAUAUAGGGACAAACAACAUAUUCUUUGGCCUAAAAGAGCAGAUUGUACAGACAGCUAUCCCAGAGUUCCCCUCGGUGGAGAACUGCCAACAUACUUCCUGCCUCCGGAGAACAAAGGACUCAGGAUCCACGAACUGACCAGUGAUGAUUAUUCUUCAGAAGAGGAGGCCCAAACCCCUGACUGUUCCAUAACUGACUUCAGAAAAAGCCACACUCUGUCCUACUUAGUCAAAGAAUUAGAGGUCCGCAUGGAUCUGAAAGCCAAAAUCCCCGAUGACCAUGCACGCAAAAUUUUACUUUCCCGUAUUAAAAACUAUACUAUCCCAGAAGAAGAAAUUGGGUCUUUCUUGUUUCAUGCUAUUAACAAGCCAAAUGCUCCUGUCUGGCUCAUUCUGAAUGAGGCGGGCCUGUACUGGAGAGCAGUAGGAAACAGCACUUUUGCUAUCGCCUGCCUUCAGAGGGCUUUGAAUUUAGCUCCAGUUCAAUACCAAGACAUUCCUCUUGUCAACCUGGCCAACCUUUUGAUUCAUUAUGGCCUUCAUCUCGAUGCUACAAAGUUGCUCCUGCAAGCACUGGCUGUCAACAGCUCCGAGCCCCUGACCUUUUUGAGCCUGGGAAAUGCUUACCUUGCUCUGAAGAAUGUCAGCGGGGCACUUGAAGCCUUCAGACAGGCCUUGAAGUUAACCACCAGAUGCCCAGAGUGUGAGAGCAGCCUGAAGCUGAUCCGCUGCAUGCAGUUUUACCCUUUUCUGUACAACAUCACCUCUUCUGUUUGUAGUGGUCAUUGUCAUGAGAAAACCCUGGACAACAGCCAUGACAAACAGAAAUACUUUGCCAAGCCACAGUCAUUGGAUGCUGCUGAAGAAGAGCCCUCUAGGCACGGAGCAGACGAGGACCCUGUGCUGUCUGUUGAGAACGCAGGGAGGGACUCAGAUGCCCUUAGACUUGAAAGCACAGUGGUUGAAGAGAGCAACGGUUCUGACGAGGUGGAGAAGUCAGAGGAAACAAAGAUGUCAGAAGAGAUACUGGCCUUGGUGGAUGAGUUUCAGCAGGCCUGGCCUCUGGAAGGUUUGGGGGGAACAUUAGAAAUGAAGGGGCGGCGUCUGGACCUGCAGGGAAUACGGGUCCUGAAGAAAGGGCCCCAGGAUGGAGUAGCCAAGAGCUCUUGCUAUGGAGACUGCAGAAGUGAAGAUGAUGAAGCAACAGAAUGGAUCACAUUCCAGGUCAAGCGUGUAAAGAAACCCAAAGGGGAUCAUAAAAAACCUCCUGGGAAAAAAGUAGAGGCAAGUCAAGCAGAAAAUGGACAGCGUUACCAAGCAAACUUAGAGAUCACAGGCCCAAAGGUGGCAUCUCCUGGGCCCCAGGAAAAAAAGCGUGACUACCAGAGUAUGGGGUGGCCCAGUCCAGAUGAGUGCCUCAAGCUCCGCUGGGUAGAGCUAACUGCCAUUGUGAGCACCUGGCUAGCAGUGUCUUCAAAAAACAUUGACAUCACAGAACACAUAGACUUUGCCACACCCAUACAACAGCCAGCAAUGGAACCUCUGUGCAAUGGCAAUCUCCCCACAAGCAUGCAUACCCUGGACCACUUACAUGGAGUGUCCAACAGAGCCAGCCUGCACUACACCGGUGAGAGCCAGCUAACAGAGGUACUGCAGAAUCUUGGCAAGGACCAGUACCCUCAGCAGUCGCUUGAACAAAUCGGCACCCGAAUUGCCAAGGUUUUGGAAAAAAAUCAGACAUCAUGGGUCCUUUCCAGCAUGGCAGCCCUCUACUGGAGAGUGAAAGGUCAGGGGAAAAAAGCCAUCGACUGCCUGCGCCAGGCCCUCCACUAUGCUCCCCACCAGAUGAAGGAUGUGCCCCUCAUCAGCCUGGCCAACAUCCUACACAAUGCCAAGCUCUGGAAUGAUGCUGUCGUCGUGGCCACCAUGGCCGUGGAGAUCGCGCCACACUUCGCUGUGAACCACUUCACUCUGGGCAAUGUCUAUGUGGCAAUGGUGAGACUGGGCGGAGCCAGCUUGGUCCUAAUGCAGAGCUUGACCUCACAGCUCACUUUGAAUAUGUCACUCUCCUCCAGCUUCCCAGAAGUGUUAUCUCCAAAACAAUUCUACACCGAUAGAAACUUUAUCCACCAGGAUUUGAGGGAUUGGGUGGUGGUGGUAAUGGUGAUGCUGGGGGGCGGGGUGGUAGUGGUGGUGGUGAUGGUGGUAGUGGUGGUAUUGUUGUGGUUGUUAUUGGUUUGGUUUGGUUUGGUUUGGUUUGAUUUUUCUGCAACUUUAUUUAAAUUAUUUAUGUAUGACUAUUUUGUCUGCACGCAUGUAUGUAUGUGUACCACAUGCUUGCCAAGUGUACUUGGAGAUCAGAAGAGGACGUCAGAUUCCUGGGAACUAAAGUAGCAGAUGGUUGUGAGCUACCAAAUGGGUGCUAAGAAAUGGACCCAGGUCCUCUGGAAGAGAAGCCAGUGCUCCUAAUUGCAUAUUUGGCCCCAUGGAUGCCAAAUGUUUCCUUAAGUAACAUGUGAUACAAUCCCAGCAUUUACAACUCUAUAGUUUUUCACCAUGUGUGUAUGUGUGUGAGUGUGUGUGUGAGUGUGUUUGUGUGUGUGUUUGUGAGUGUGAGUGUGUAUUUGUGUGAGUGUGUGUGUGUGUCUGUGUGUGUGAGUAUGUGAGUGUGUUUGUGUGAGAGUGUGUGUAAGAGUGUGUAUGUGUGUGUAUGUGUGUGUGGUGUGUAUGUGUGUGUGUUUGUGUGUAUGUGUGUGUGAGUGUGUUUGUGUGUGUAUGUGUGUGUGUAUGUGUGGUGUGUAUGUGUGUGUAUGCAUGUGUUUGUGUGUGUAUGUGUUUGUGUGUGUGUAUGUGUGUGAGUGUUUGUGUGUACAUGUGUAUGUGUGUAUGCAUGUGUUUGUGUGUGUAUGUGUUUGCGUGUGUGUAUGUGUGUGAGUGUGUUUGUGUGUGUAUGUGUGUAUGUGUGUGUGGUGUGUAUGUGUGUGUGUUUGUGUGUUUGUGUGUGUGUUUGUGUGUAUGUGUGUGUGUUUGUGUGUGUAUGUGUGUGUAUGUGUGUGUUUGUGUGUGUGUGUUCGUGUGUGUGUCUGUGUGUAUGUGUGUGUGUAUAUGUGUGUGUAUGUGUUUGUGUGUGUGUAUGUGUGUGAGUGUGUUUGUGUGUGUGUGUGCGCGCGCAUGUGUAUGUGUGUGUAUCUCAGGCCCCUUUACUUGAUAAGCAAGUGGUUUACCAUUGAGCUCUGUACCCCCAGCCUUGAUUUUAAAAACUCCAAACCCCAGAGGUCCCUACCAAACCUGGCAUAGCCAUACAUAACAUGUGAACCAAGCCAUCUGCUGGCAUAGGGGUGGGUGUGGGGGCAGCUCCCAGGCUGCUCUCCUAACAGUUAAUGGAAUGAACAGCUCUGGGCUGUGGGCUCUGUGUUCAUCGUCCCUGACUUCUGAGACAUUGGUCCUGCCAGGCUGGCAUUGCUGAGUUGCAGCCUUCCCUGUUUCUUAAAACUGAAGGCUGUCCUUAUCCCCAGGAACUGUGACGUUUGCUGCUGAGUGAGCACGUCUGUCUCACUAGGUGGGAUGGCCGCUGAAGCUGUCCUGUGCUCUUCUGCGUAGAAUUAGUCUGAGUUAAAAUUUACAGUGCUCAUUUCUAAGUGUUUUUAAAUAUCUGGAGAAAUAAAAAUCCUGAACUCACACAAGUGGUAACAGACGCCCAUGCUCAACUCCGUCUUGCUGGGCAUGGGAGAGAAUCAAAGAAGAUAUACAAUGAGAUUGCCAGGCCUCUGGCCAGAGGCUUGGGAGCCUGUGGAAAGAGUGUCAUAAGGUGCCAGCUCCGUGCCAGGCACACCUCAGGGCUAGGUGAGGGUGGAUAUUAAGAUGACCACUGCUUAUUCCAAGCCAAUAGAGGCCAGUUUUCUGCUUUCUACUUUGUCUGUGGGCUCAGCCACGGCUUGCUUUGUGGUUCUGCCUCGGGGAUGAAGCCAUUGUGUCCCCCCACACCUCAGUUCUCCACAGACUUAAAUUCAUCUCCAAGUUAUGGUGGUCACAUGAUUGUCUCUGGUCACAGCCAUGUUUAGUCAGGUAGUGUCAUCCCUCACAUCUGCUCCUUAUCCCUCACAGGAAGAAUUUGAGAAGGCCCUGGUGUGGUACGAGUCAACGCUGAAGCUGCAACCAGAGUUUGUACCUGCCAAGAAUCGAAUCCAGACAAUCCAGUGCCACCUCAUGCUGAAGAAGGGCCGGCGCUCUCCCUAGAGCACUCCUUCCUGUCCCUCAGCUCUCCCAGCCCUCGUGAACAGAGCCCCAUCACUGCUGGUAUCCGCAUGGAUGAUGUGUGUGAAUUGCCAAGUAAAGUGUAGCAGAGCUCAGCUGCCAGGGCUUCUAAGUUCUUCCUCAUCUCCAGAAGCAGGGUUCCCCAGACACUGUAAAUACUGAGCCAGGACAACUCGGAGCUCCGCUCCGUCUUCCAAACCUCCAUGCCUUCAAGGCUCCUCUGUGGUCCAGCCUUUUCCCUGGGGAGGCCAGAGCCACACUGCCCAUUCUCUGCUUCCUGUGUAGCCUCUGUUGUCCCUGGAAUUGCAAUGCCACCUGGGGCCAGUCAGUGAGAAGCAGGGAUUCUCCAUGUCCCCACCAGCUCUCCUCUCUGACCCAGUCUCAUCCAUUCCACGCUGCUAUGUUACAAGCUCUCAGAGAUAGUUUGCAGGGGAGGAAGGGGAAACAACUUUACAAACAAAAUAUUUACAACAGCAGAAACUCUUAGGGUCACCUGACCUUUGUAAGUUAUUUAUGUUGGGGCGGGAGGGGGGCUGAGCAGGGGAGUCAGCCGUGUGCAACAUCUUUAUCAUUUGUAUUUUAAUUGCCGAUCACAAGGAAACCAAUACAUUCAAGUCCUAUAUAACAGGUUUAUAUAUAUAGAAUAUGUGUAUUUGAAGCCCUCUACAGACCGAGUCUGUAUUACUAAUUCCUUGUUCGCUGUGUUUCAUGUCUUGGACUAGGCGUGACUGUCAGCCCUCUCUCUGAGGCUGACACCCAGCUCCUCAGAACAGAGCCAGGAGCCAAGGUUGGGUGCCCUUACCUGUGGUCCCUGGAGAAUCAAAAACUCCAACAUUUUGGAUUCUUUAAGGGCACAUCCUGAGAACAAAAAUAAAAAUUGUUUAUGAGCAAAAUCA